CUUCCUUUCUACAAUCACAAUUUUACCAUGAAACACGUUUUCUCUGUCUUCUUCUUUGCUUUCACAUCCCACAACCCUUCUUCUUCUUCUUCUUUCAGGGAUCUGCAUAUCUUGAGACCAGCAGUUAGGGGAGACUUGAAGUUUUCCGGCGGGUUCUUACCGACGCAAAUAUCUUUUAUCGGCCGGAAGUGCUUCAUGACAUAAAAGAAGAAAAUGUCUUCACCCCCUGACAAUUCUACUGCUGCGUCACCAGGUUCCAACUCUCCACCUUCACCACCAGCUGCUGCGCCACCACCAUCAGAUUCAUCACCUCCACCCCCCUCUUCUUCUUCACCAGAUGCACCUUCCCCCAACACAGCUUCCCCUCCACCAUCAAAUGCAUCACCUCCUCCAUCAAAUAGUUCGUCUUCGCCGCCACCGCCACCACAUCAAUCUAAUAGUUCGGCUCCGCCAUCACCUUUUAGCAAUACUUCACCACCUCCUCCAUCCCAUUCUAAUCAACCUCCACCCCCACACAGAUCGUCACGAUCACCACCUCCACCGCUAGCUUCUUCUUCUUCUUCCUCCUCAGAAAGCAGUCUAAAUAGUGAACAGAUAAAAAUUAUAGUUGGAGUUUCGGUCGGAGUUGGGCUAUUAAUUAUUGUUAUGCUCAUAUGUGGAGCAACUUUGUGCAAGAAGAAGAAGAAAAAGCAUAAGCAUAUGCAGUACUAUGGGGGUUACCCAGAAGGUAAUGACCAAUAUUACAACAGCUCCAUGCAGCAAAAUUGGCACAAUGGUCCCCCAGUUGGGCCAGAUCAUAUCAUGAAGAUAAACUCAUCAUCACCAGGUCAAAUGGGAUCAUCCCCAGGGGGUGGGUGGCAUGCACCUCCUACGCCUCCGCAAAUGAUGAUGAUGAGCGGUGAAAUGAGCGGCAACUUCUCAGGCCCACACCGUCCACCCCUGCCACCUCCCUCGCCAAAUAUUGCUCUUGGGUUCAAUAAAAGUACCUUCACGUAUGAUGAGCUUGCAGCAGCGACUGGCGGGUUUGAUCAGGCUAAUUUGUUGGGACAGGGCGGGUUUGGGUACGUGCACAAGGGGGUGUUGCCUAAUGGAAAGGAGAUCGCAGUGAAGAGCCUUAAAUCUGGCAGUGGACAGGGGGAGAGAGAAUUCCAGGCGGAAGUUGAGAUUAUCAGCCGUGUUCAUCAUCGCCAUCUGGUGUCCCUUGUUGGGUAUUGUAUUGCCGGAGGGCAAAGAAUGCUGGUCUACGAAUUUGUGUCCAACAAGACCUUAGAAUAUCACCUCCAUGGAAAGGGUCUUCCGGUGAUGGAUUUUCCUACAAGGCUCCGUAUUGCGUUAGGCUCUGCCAAGGGACUUGCCUACCUUCACGAAGAUUGCCAUCCUCGGAUUAUUCAUCGUGAUAUUAAAGCUGCUAAUAUUCUCCUCGACUUCAAUUUUGAAGCCAUGGUUGCUGAUUUCGGAUUAGCUAAGCUUUCUUCGGACAAUUAUACUCAUGUCUCCACUCGUGUCAUGGGUACAUUUGGGUAUUUGGCUCCAGAGUACGCAUCAAGUGGCAAGUUGACAGAAAAAUCGGAUGUUUUCUCAUUUGGUGUCAUGCUUUUGGAACUCAUAACCGGAAAGAAACCUGUGGAUCCUACAAAUGCAAUGGAAGAUAGCUUAGUCGACUGGGCUCGGCCACUUCUAAAUCAAUCAUUGGAGGAUGGCAACUACAAUGAGUUGGCUGAUUUUCGGUUGGAGAAUAACUACAACCCUGAAGAGAUGCAGCGUAUGGUUGCUUGUGCUGCUGCUAGCAUUCGCCACUCUGCUAGAAAGCGCCCCAGGAUGAGCCAGAUCGUACGUGCCUUGGAAGGAGAUGUAUCGUUGGAUGCCUUAAAUGAAGGAACAAAGCCUGGGCAAAGCUCUAUGUUUAGUAGUUCAAAUGGAAGCUCAGACUAUGAUACAAGUUCAUACAAUGCAGAUAUGAAGAAGUUUAGGCAAGUGGCAUUAUCAAGCCAAGAAUUUGGGAGCAGUGAACUUGGGACAUCGAGCAAUGACUCCCGAGAUAUGUCCCUUACGGGGAUCCGCAAGAACAACUUAUGAUUAAGCAUGAAUAAAUCCAGCUUAUUCCAUAUAUAAAAUUUCAACCAUUUUGGAGGUCAUCAAGAACAACAAAAUAUACAUUUAUUUAUGCAUAACAUCCAUUUACUGCUUGCUUUGGAAAUUUUAUUUAUUCUGUUGAUUUAGAACUUUGUGUUGUUUCAAGGUUUUCUUAACUUAGAAAGGGGAGGUUGCAAAUUAAAAACGUAGGGACCAAGAUGACUUCCAUCUUUCACUAAUGGAACUUAUAUGUUCUCUCAUCCUAUGGGUUUGUACGUGGAUCAUUUUUCAUGUGUUCUUGGGCAAAUUUAGCUCUACUAUAAGCAUGACUUAUCUAACAGUGAAUGUAAAGUUUGGGGUUGUUAUGUUUUUGAGCUCUUCCUUUCCUUAGUACAAGUAGUCUAGUCUUUUUGUACUUCUUGUAGAAACACAUUAAAUGAGUAUUUUUACAUAUCUUCCAUAUUUUUA